CUUGUUACGAGUAGCUUCACCUCUUGUUCAUCACUGCUUUGUGCAGAAUACCAAACUUGAAAAAAAAUUGAGAGAGAAAGAGGGACGAUGGAGAAGAAGGACGAAGGAAAUCCUCCAAUGGCAGUGAUGGGGUCAAGAGACGAGAAUGAAGAUGUGAAAAGCACCAUGCGCACAGCUGAGACUAUGUUGCGUUUGGUGCCUGUGGCUUUGUGUGUCUCAGCACUUGUUGUCAUGCUUAAGAAUACUCAAACUAAUGACUAUGGAUCCCUUUCUUAUUCAGAUCUUGGAGCUUUCAGGUAUUUGGUGAAUGCCAAUGGCAUCUGUGCUGGUUAUUCCCUUCUUUCAGCUGUCAUUGUAGCCAUGCCUCGAGCAUGGACAAUGCCUCAAGCAUGGACUUUUUUCUUACUCGACCAGGUGUUAACGUAUGUGAUUCUGGCUGCCGGAACAGUGUCGACGGAGGUAUUAUACUUGGCAAACAAGGGAGACACAUCCAUCGCUUGGAGCGCAGCUUGUGCGUCGUUUGGUGGAUUUUGUCACAAGGCCUUGAUAUCCACAGUCAUUACAUUCGUUGCAGUAAUCUUCUACGCAGCUCUCUCGCUCGUCUCUUCCUACAAGCUUUUCAGCAAAUAUGAUGCGCCAGUUGUGACCCAAUCAGGCGAGGGUAUUAAGACUGUCACCCUCGGUUCACCACCACCACCACCACCACCACCACCAAGCAACCUCCACCUCCAUCUCCAUGCGAAGCUAGCAUGUCCUGCCCACAAUAACAGCCCAAAUUAGGAGGAGGUUGAUGACUAUAUAUAGAAGGUGGUGGCGUGUUUUCCACCGUCACGAGCACUUCACUGCCGUGGUGUAUAUAACUCCCAAGAGACCAUGCUUUCUGAAUCCAUGCACUUGAAAAUUUAUAAGAAAUAUAUAUCCUUUGUAUCUUUAAUUACUAGCCUUUGGUUUGUAGAAGUUGGUGUGAAGAAAUUAAUUAUAUGAAAUUUGUAAGCAAUUUAUAAAAAAGCCUUCCAUGAGACCAUUUGGCUAGAAUUCAGACUCAGAAUUUUGUACAGACAGAAAUUGUUUGCUCAAACCCAAGUUAUUACUACAUCAUAGAAGAUAGAGAUGGAGACAGAAUUA